AUGUAUGGUCGCCCUCUAUUGGGAUGUACUAUUAAACCAAAAUUGGGAUUAUCCGCUAAGAAUUAUGGUAGAGCAGUUUAUGAAUGUCUACGCGGUGGACUUGAUUUUACCAAAGAUGAUGAAAACGUGAAUUCCCAACCAUUUAUGCGUUGGAGAGACCGUUUCCUAUUUUGUGCAGAAGCUAUUUAUAAAUCACAGGCUGAAACAGGUGAAAUCAAGGGACAUUACUUGAAUGCUACUGCAGGUACAUGCGAAGAAAUGAUCAAAAGGGCUGUAUUUGCCCGAGAAUUGGGAGUUCCUAUCGUAAUGCAUGACAAAGGGGCGAAAGCACUCUGCUGGGCCGACACUGCACUGAGAGACGAAAGUGAUUCCCUCUUUCUGGAUGACACAAUCCCAAUAUAA